UGCGUUGUGGCGGACUUGUACCUGAGGCUGGACCCGGUUCUGAUUCUGCUCCUGCUCCGGCUCGGACUGACUGUGUCUGGAUCCUCCGGUGGAUCAGUCCGGACUUAUCCCGCCGAGUCGUCUCUUCUGCCUCCGGAGCGAUGUCAGGUGUCACCUCGGACCAGGUCCUGAGCCGAACCGGAGCCGAGCCGGAGCGGCAGGAGGCCGGGAUCCUGCAGCCGCAGACCGUGUUCGUCAUCCUGGACUCCGCUGAAACACUCGACCUGCUCCGGGUGGAGUCUGGGAUUGUCGCUGACAUCGAGGUUGACAGUUUGUUACCUUCAGGCUGCGAUGCCUUCUACGAGAUCAAGAGUCAGCCAAUCAGCAUCAGUACAUCAGCAGGAGCUUCCUCCUCUUCCUUAUCAUCAUCAUCAUCCUCGCUGAUGUCAGUGAUGUCAUCCAGGGUGUUGAUGCGUCAGGACCUGAUGCGUCAGCAGACUCUGGAGGCGGAGCUUAAGGAGGCGCAGCAGCAUCAUCAUCAGUUCCGAUCCUCUGACGCCUCAUCGCCUGUCUCUGUGUCGUCCUCCUGCAAACCUCCUGCUCAGGUUCCAGUGGAGGUGCUAAAGGUGCAGACUCACCUGGAGAACCCGACCAGGUAUCACAUCCAGCAGGCUCAGAGGCAGCAGGUGCGUCAGUAUCUCUCCACCACUCAGACAACCUUCGCCCCCAAGACAGCCAAUCAGACGCCAUCUGAACUGUCAGCAAGCCACUCCCCCCAGCUGGGCUGCGGCCCCGGACUGCAGCUCGGAGAUGGCACACAGGAAGUGGAAGAGACCGUCAUUAAUGACAUCAUCAGUCUAGAAUCGAGCCUCAAUGAUGAAUUUCUGACGCUGAUUGAUUCUGGACUACAGAUCGCCAACACGUUGCCUGUCUCUGGGACGAUGCUGGACGUGUACGGCAACAAUGGAGGGAUGGCCACACCUGCCAUCACCAUUAGCAACAGUUGCCCAGCGGAGCUUCACGCCAUCAAGACCGAGCUGAUCGAUGUGGAGACAAAAACUCUGAUCAAAGAGAGACAGAAGAAGGACAACCACAACCUCAUCGAGAGGAGGAGGAGGUUCAACAUCAACGACCGCAUCAAAGAACUCGGAGCGCUGAUCCCCAAAUCCACCGACCUGGAGACGAGGUGGAACAAAGGGACCAUCCUGAGGGCGUCGGUGGAUUACAUCCGCAAACUGCAGAAAGAACAGCAGAGGGCGCGAGAGAUGGAGGAGAGACAGAAGAGGCUGGAGAACGCCAACCACUCGCUGCUGCUCCGCAUUCAGGAGCUGGAGCUUCAGGCUCGUCUCCAUGGCCUCACCUCCUCCUCUUCCUCGCCUCCCCCCGCCUCCUCCUCUUCUACUCUUCUUUCCCCCACUCUGCCUCACCCCUUCUCCUCCUCCCUGGCGGCUCCCUCCCUGGGUCUGGACACCCUGAGCUUCGUUGAGCUGGACGAGCCUCGGGGAGCCUCCACUGUCUUCUCUGCAGACCUGAUGGCGGACGUGGGCCUGACGGAGCUCCACAGCCUGGGAGACAUCCUGAUGCAGGAGGGGGGAGGAGGGGGAGGAGAGGUGAUGUCUGACCCCCUGCUGUCCUGUGGAGCCUCUAAGAGCAGCAGCAGGAGGAGCAGCUUCAGCAUGGACGAGGACCUCUGAUGACAUCAUCAUGCACGCAGGGAUCUUAUUGGCCAGAGGCAGGACUCAGACCAGAGAUUUUUUUUAAUUUUAAUUUUUUUAAUAGAAAUAUUAUUCAUCAAAAUCAACAGAAUAUAAAAGUGAUGUCACAGGGAGCCAAUGUUUCCUACAGUGUUACCAUGGUAACCACUGUGAGUCUGUCAGUUUCACACGCGUUUCCAUGGUACUCUCUGUGUGUGUGUGCGUGUGUGCGUGUGUGCGUGUGUGUGUGUGUGUGUGUGUGUGAGUGUGUGAGAGAGAGGGUGAAACAGUGUCACUGUGCUAUCCAGGAAGUAUCUCAUUACCAGAUUACCCAUGAUAACCGAUAUGUCCUCCAGCAUCACUUAGAUAACCAUGGUAACCACUGUGUCUUCCAGUGCUCCCAUCGUCACCAGUGUGUGUUUUCCAGUGUCACCAUGGCGACAGCUGUGCUGUCUCAUCCUCCGUCAACAUCAGCCCAGAAACAGAGCAGAAGCUAAUCGUCCAUUACUGAAAUAACUGAUCAUUGGAGCAGCAGCUGAUCAAUAACUGGUCGAUAACAGUUCAAAUGAAAUCUGUUUUCAGUUUCAGAUAAAGAAAACGUUUCAUCAGUGACAAAGAAGUUUAGAAAUGUUUGCAUCAGGUUAAACUGUGUUCUGAUAGGUUCACGUCAGAAGCUGGUUCCUUUAAAAGAACGACGCACCAGCGAAAGAAACAAAAACUGAUCCCUGAAAAAAAUAACCAGAAAUAAAAAUGUACAAAGUCAGAUGAAGUUGACAUAAACAAUGAAUAUAAAUAUUCAUGUGUGAAUGAUAAAGUCAAAAUUAAUUAUUUGAUACAAAGUCAAAGUUCUGA